AACCGGAAGCUAGGAAGUGAUCUCGGAUCAAAACAAAAACAACAGCGCUCCUGUGGAACAUCUGUAAUUGUGUGAAACACCUGCGGGCCCCACGUACACCUGGACCGGCCCAGACGAGCGUCCCGGUCCCCCUGAGCCCGGGCAGACUCCGCGGGCCGGGUGUGAGCAGCAUGCAGAGCUGCGAGGCGGUUCUCUCCGCAGCUUAGCCCCAGCUCCAUGGCGUCCUCCCCGGGACAACCUCCGCCCGGCUCCGACCGCCAAGCCCUCUCCUCCGGGGGCCGCUCGGCCGCCAAGCCGCCGCUGCCCCGCCAGGCGGCCCCCGCGGGCCCGCCCGGCCCGGGCUGCGCCAUGGCGGAGUCUGUGGACGACGCGGAGGGGCUGUACGUGGCCGUGGAGCGGUGCCCGCUGUGCGCCACGUCCCGCCGCAGGCUGACCUGCUGCCGCUGCGUGCAGGCCGGGGACUUCGUCUACUUCGACGGGAGGAACUCCGAGAGAUACUCUGAGAAGUUGGAACGGCUGAAGAAGCUUAAGGAAGAGAAGGAGAAGUUACAAGAGAGUGUUCUCCAGGCCAUGGGUCAGAGACUGCAGGCUGAUGAGAUGAAAUGGAAGAUCAUGUUGUGUAAGAUAAAGAUUGAGCAGCUGAAGGAGGCGGUUGCCUGGGGCGAUGAGGAGGUGAAGAGCGAUAAGGAGCUGCUCCAGCGCUCGCAGGAGGAUGCUCAGCGGCUGCAGCGCCGGGCGGGACGCCACCAGGAGAAAAGGGACAAAAUCGAGCGACACAAUCGGCGUCUGGGGGAGCUGUUGGAGAGACGCACCCGGGAUCACCAGAGCAGACUGGGUCAGCUGGCGGGUCUGAGGCGGGAACACAUUCUGGAGCUGACCACCCACAUCUUCCCCAUGAAGGAGGAGAAGCAGGGCAGCAGAGACCCCGCGGAUGUGAUGACGGACUGUGACCCCGCACUCACCUCCAGCACGGUGACUGAGCUGGCCGAGGCCCGGAGGACCACGUACCUCUCGGGCCGCUGGAUCUGGGACGACCAGAACGGAGAGACCAGCAUCAGCAUCACGGGAUCCGCCGUGGCGUUGCCCAGCAACGGAGACUGCUCCGCCUACUACAGCUGGGUGGAGGAGAAGAGCACCAAUCAGGGCCCAGAGCUGGACCACAUCAACCCGGCUCACACCAUCAGCGCCGCCCUCUGUUACGCCACCCAGCUCGCCACCAUCCUGUCUCACAUCCUGGACGUCAACCUGCCCAAGAAGCUCUGCAACAGUGAGUUCUGUGGAGAGAACCUCAGUCGGUAUCGCUUCACCAGAUCUCUGAGCAAACUCAACACCAACACCCUCCACCUCUGCUUCUCACAGCACGUCGACAGCGAUAAACUCCACCCUCACCACACCCUCAGGAACAUCAUGUUUCUGGUUGCCCCUGACAACGACAACCUGGGCAGGACUGGCCCGUUUGAGGUGAGUGGUGACCUGGAGGAGUCCAUGGAGUUUGUGGAGCCUGAGGCGGCAGGACCAGCAGAGGAGAGCGGAGAUGAGGUGGUAACAGACGAGGAGACGGACCUGGGCACAGACUGGGAGACAGUUCCCAGUCCACGGUUCUGCGACAUCCCCUCUCAGUCCAUGGAUCUUUCCCAGAGUGCACUGCAGGUGUCCCAGCCCUCUGCGAACACCGGAGGGAUGAUCUCGUCUGCAGCCGCGUCCGUCACCUCCUGGUUCAGAGCGUACACGGGUCAGCGCUGACGUGGAUCUGACGCGUCGGUUCAGCACCAGCAGACGUCCGCAUGGCUGUUGUCUCUGGUCGGAUCAGAAUCUGACUCUCCAGGCUUGUCUGAACUGUUUUUUGUUUCCAGAGCAGCUGAUGUUGUUUUAAAAAUCAGGUGUGAGGAUCACCUGUUGAGGAUGGUGGCCCUCUGAAGGUUCCUGAGCUCACAGACUCUAGUAAAUGUUCCAGCUGACCUGUCCUUCUGAAUAAAACCACUGUCUCUGUGUUC